AAAAAUUGUGUGAAAAUUUUGAGUCAAUUAUUGAAAAUAUAGUAUAAAUAGAAAACAAAAAUAAAUAAAUGAUUUGAAAUAAUUUGUUGUCAAAUAUGGCAUCAAUUGAUACAAAUCGUCAAACAAUUGCCGCAAACACUUCACACACAACAGUGACCAACAAUGAUUUGGAAAUGUCUUUGAAUGGCACAGACUUUGAGAAAGAUCUGCUUCUCAGCGAAGAACGUCUGGACAGAGCGUCACCCGAUCUCUGGCCCGAACAGAUUCCGGGAGUAACCGAGUUUUUGGCCAACUCGUCGCCGCCAUUGUUUGACCAGAAAAGUCAGACCAGCGAAUGGUUGACAGACUUAGAUCCCGAUGACAUCAAUAUGUUGCACGGCUUCGGAUCGCUAACGGCGUCGGCAUUGCUCGAGAAGGUUAAAGAGUUGCAGAACUUGUCGUAUCAGUUGGGACUCGAAGAGGCCCGAGAAAUGACGAGAGGAAAGUUCUUGAAUGUCCUCCAAACCAGACCUAAACGACACAAACGAUAAUACAAAUGACUAAUCCAUUUGUCUUUUGUGUCUUGUAUUAAGUUUUUAUUAUUUGCUUUUUUGAGGUAUGAUUUUCUAGACAUUCAUCACUUUCUGAGAUCUUAUUUUCAAAUAAAUAAAAAAUGAGUUCAAAAAA